UAGAAGGAAACGACGGAGGCAGCAAGGGAAGAGGGUUUCUGCAUUUGUGGGGUUUUAGAAACAGAGUAACUCGACUCGCUCGGUCACUCACUCACUCACUCACUCACCGUGUCACACAUCGAGUCAGAAACAGCAAACCAUGAGACUCCUUCAAUCCAUUACUGGUCAAUGCCGGCCGGCGCUGCGAGCCCUGGGACGGAGGUACUUCGCGGCGGCGACGACGGAGGAAUACGCGAAGAGGAACUACGCCAACAACUUGUCGGAGUAUAACAGCGUCUUCAAUUCCCUCACCGCUCAGAGGAAGCAUUUCCUGCUGAGGGAUGCGUAUGAGGAUAUGAUGCUCGACGGCGUCCAGCCCGAUCAGGACACCUUCCGGUCGCUCAUACUGGGCACCCUCAAAGGUUCGAGCUUGCAGGGCUUCUUCUUCGCUGACCAGAUGAAAUCCAUGGGCUUGGCCCCUGAUGUUAAUAUGUACAACAUUCUGAUCACACUGUGUGGGAAGUGCAAGCACUCUGAUCAAGCGAUUCAGAUUUUGGAAGACAUGAAGAACUAUAAAGUGUCACCCAAGGUACAGACCUACAUGUGUCUGCUCAAUGCGUGUGCAGCUACUGGCAGAUUAGAUCGAGUGUAUGCAAUUGUCCGUGACAUGACUGCUGCUGGUCUUGGGCUAAACAGGUUCUGCUACGCUGGACUUGUAACUGCACUUAGGAACAAGACCCCUUUACCAGAUGAAUUCGGCACCAAAAUUGUAGAGUUUGUUGAGCGGUCAAAAGAGUGGUCAUCAGUUGAUGGAUCAAGUAUGACUGCUGAAAAUGUGAUGAUGGGUGUAACGGAAGAAGAGUUGUAUAAUAUGCCAACUGCUGAAUAUUCUCAUAGGGGUGGGUUUCUGAAUAGGCAAUUAACUGUGUAUCAUGCUGCGUUCCAUGCUUGCGCAGACCUCAGGAAUGUAGAGGUGAUGGAAGCUCUUCGGGAGAUGCUAGCAAAGGACGGAACAGUUCCUGAUUUAUUUAUUGUGUUGCAAAUAAUGAGGUGUUAUCUACACUCAGGGGACAUUGACCGUGGUGUUCAAACUUUUGAAGACUAUAUGAAGUCAGGAAAGCCUCCUGUAGUAGAACUAUAUACGACGCUUGUGGAGGGGGCCAUGACUGGAUAUACUCCCAAGGGAAUGAAAAUUGCCGAAGAAACACUGGUGAAUAUGAACUCCCGAAGCUUUUUCUUGAGUCCGAAAAUGGGGAGUGAUCUUCUCCUUGCAGCUGCUGGUGACGAGACCGGAGGUUAUAGCGUUGCCAACUAUAUAUGGGACCUGAUGGAUGCACGUAAAAUAGUUCCGCAAUUUCUUUCCGUAGAAGCAUAUUACAAGGGCUUAAAAAAACGUGAGAUUCCUGAAGACGAUCCACGACUGCAACAUGUUACGAAGACUUACAAUGACCUUCGCGACAGAAGGGGGCCUGGACGACCUAUUAGAUAAACAAUGACGAAAGUUGCUCCGAGGAGUAGUUAUUUCGUGGACUUUCACUGUUUUAGUGAUAUUAUUGUUGUUUCAAAGGAAACGAGGCAUCGUUUUGUCCUGGUAUCGAACGCUCAGGGUUACCAAACGCCGGGGUACAUCGCGUUUUGAAGUUUAAUUGUUAAUUUUUUUUCUGGAUGCAUGAAGGGUGGUGUGAAUAAUGAACUUUUUUCUUCCUGCAAUCUUAAGCUCAAUUCUCAUUGAAAUUUUGAAACCACGAAUUCGAGCAAUUUGUCAGUGUGGUGACCGCACUACCAGUAGUUAUAUGUGUUACUAUACAUGUAUCUAUAUGUUAAUGUUAUCCGCACUUUAGCUUUGUAACAUAUCGGGGGUAGAAAAGUAUAGCAACAGUUUUUCGUUCAUAUUAUAAUAUGUGAAUUAGUAAAAUUGCGUUAUGGUUUUCCCUUCGAAGCACACGGUUCAUCCCAUGAGCAAAGCCCCUACCUUAUGUUCUGGGCCUCUUGAGAAAAGGCCCGACCUUAUAGUUUGGGCCCUUCGGGAAAACAGUAAAAGCCCAGUCAAAUAAAGGAGAAACAAAACGGUGCGUGUCAUGUGUAAACCCGUAAAGAAGAAGCCGUCUUUGGAAGGUAGAGAGAGAGAGAGAGAGAGAGAGAGAGUUACAGUCCCAGAGACCGAGCAGCAGAGCAAGAGCUUCACCGCCGUCGUAUCGCCGCGCUCUUUUUCGGCGUUUUAGGGUUUAAGGGAACAGCAUUAGGGCUGGAAAUUGGGAAUGGAAAUCGAGAGAAAGAACAAGAGGAAGAAAUCGAUGAAGGAAGGCGGGAAGGAUGAGAAACAGCGAGGGGUUUGCUACUUGGGUCGGAUUCCGCCGCGCAUGGAUCCGUCGACGCUUCGCCAGAUGCUCUCUCAGUACGGAGAUAUACAAAGGCUUUAUCUUGCACCUCAAGAUUCUUCUGGUCACGUUCAAAUCAAAGCUGGUAAAUUUCAGAGGCAAAAUUUUUCAGAAGGGUGGGUUGAAUUUUCUGACAAAAGGGUUGCUAAGAGAGUUGCUAAUAUGUUAAAUGGUGAACAGAUAGGUGGGAAGAAGAGAUCAUCUUUCUACUACGAUCUUUGGAACAUCAAGUAUUUGAGUAAAUUCAAGUGGGAUAAUCUUACUGAAGAGAUUGCUUACAAGAAAGCCACUCGGGAGCAAAAACUAGCUUUAGAAAUUUCUGCUAGCUAAGAAGAGCGUGACUUCUAUCUCACUAAAGUCGAGAAGUCCCGUGCUUUGAGUGCCAUAGAUGAAAGAUUGAAGAAGAGGCAAAGGGUCGAAGAAGAUUCAGGGGGCAAUCCCGAUCUCCCUAAUAGCCAGCCGGAACAUGAGGUAAUUCGCCGGUUUAGACAGAAGAAACCUGUUGCAAAUAAUGCUGCCAAAACCAAACCUCAGCUCUCUAAAGAUGUACUGUCAGCGGUAUUUGGCGAUUCAUAGUGCUCAAAAUUUUCAUGGAUUUUGGCAUACCUCAACUGGAGGAGCUGUAAGCUUGUAGGACGACAUUUGGAGUCAAAUCAUGUAACGGACCUUUUAUGGUUGAAUCUUGUUCUCUUUGCAUUGUUUCUUGGAUUGUAAGGUUUCAAUUCGAUACUUUUCGAGUUCUACGUGAUUAACACAUACGAUUUAUUUU